GAACAAUGCAACGCCAUCCGACCGCGUUAAACAAUAGCCACAAAAACACUCUCCCGCCCUUUACGCCAACGGACCACAACGUCAGCCCUCCCAGGCACCGCUGUGUGGUAGGCACAUGCUUGCCCUCCCCCGCACGCCUCAUGAAUUCCCCCGACCCUCCGUUCAACCCCGCGCCACCAACCCUCGGCUAAUCCGAAAGAAACACUACCCACCAACGCCUCGAUGACAGCCCAGAUCCACAUAGCGCCUGUAAUCUGGGGGAAGCGAGAACAAACAAGGUCACGGAAAUUUCACAUGUGAAUUCUCCCUGUAAUACAAAAGCAAAAUGCAUCCCUACCUCUCCUUGUUCAAGCUGCUCCCAUUAUCAGCAUCACCAUUGUCAUCACAUCGACCGCCAUCAUGGGCCGCGCCCAAGAACACAACCCCCAUUCCAUGACCUCGACUUGGCCACUAGCCGACAAGAGCACAUGGAAUGGAUACCAGCGCUUCAUCGACUACCUCAACGUCUACCCCAUCCUGCCCGGCAAGCCGGUGCCUGUCUUCAAAAAGACAGACAAGAUGCCUUAUCUCUCGUCCUGGUCGCAACACCUCUUCAUCAUCUUCUUUGCCGCCCUGCCACUGCUCUUCCACCAAGGCUGGGCACACUUUACAGGCUCCAAUCUCGGAAAGUUUGGCGUCUUCAAUCUCUACAACUUGUCCUACAUCCUCAUUGCGGUCCGCGAAGUCCGCAUGCUCCGCAAAUUGACAUAUAAAUACGGCUGCCUCGACGGCGACGAGCACGAACGAGACGGCAUCCCCAACACGGGCGCCGGCAAGAUUGUCGGCGAGAUGCACAAGACAGCAGGCUUCCGUCUUGCCAUGGCCGCCAUUGUCACAUACAACCCAGCCCUGACACCGCUCGAUGUCUUUAGCGACGCCAACUGGUGGCUCAGCCUGCUUGCUAAACUGAGCAUCUACGGCGUCAUUAUCGACUUUUAUUUUUACGCCUACCACCGCGCGUGCCACGAGGUUCCAUGGCUCUGGAAGUACCACCGCACGCACCACCUGACCAAGCACCCCAUCGCAGUGCUGUCUGGCUUUGCCGACGACGAGCAGGAGAUUAUCGAAAUCAUCUUGGUGCCGCUGGCCACAUACUUUACACUAUGGGGCUUUGGCCUGCGCCUGGGCUUUUACGACUGGUGGCUCUGCUUCCAGUAUGUUACGUUUUCCGAGAUUUGGGGCCACAGCGGCCUCCGCAUCCACGGCAUUGUGCCCUCGCCUAUUUCUUGGCUGCUCAAGAUGUUUGGCGCAGAGCUGGCUGUUGAGGACCAUGACUUGCACCACCGCAAGGGAUGGAAGAAGAGCUUCAACUAUGGUAAGCAGACGCGAGUAUGGGACCGUCUGUUUGGAACGACCACGGGCAGAAUAGAAGCCGUGGAUUCCAAUAUCGACUACUCUAAUGUGGUUCACAUGCCCUUAUUUUAGACAACGUCUUUGAUAUUAUAGACAAAAUAUAAAUCGUUUUACAAUAU